AUGGAAGAAGAUGAUGCUCGAAUGCGCAUAAAUACACAACUUGCAGCUACUGCAGCAACCUUAUGGACUCAAGAGCAAAUACAACAAGAAGGCAUGUGGGGUGGCUCCGUUGUUGGUUGCAGUAACAAAUGCAGGGGACGAGCUCUUGGGCAUAAAAAAUUGACGAUGGACUACUUCGUCCCAAAUCCUGUCUACACUCUUGAGGACUUCAGACGUCGAUUCAGGAUGAAGCGUCAUGUUUUCUUUCGUUUGGUAAAUGAUAUCCCAUAUGUCAACCCCUACUUCAGACAGACAACUGAUGCCACCGGUCAUCUCGGUUUCUCACCCCACCAAAAGCUUACAAGUGCACUCCGAAUGUUGGCAUAUGCAAGCUUAGUAGAUCAAAUCGAUGAAUCCAUAAGGAUGUCUGAGUCAACAUCCAAUGAGAACCAUGGUGAAUUUUGUCGUACAAUUGUUCACACAUACAAGGAUGAGUACCUCUGA